AUGUUCCCGAACGCUUCCAACGGCAUUCGGGCUGCAGCUGCAUCUUCGGAUCCGCUGGACUUUACCGACAGUAGCGACCUUGAUGACAUCGGCGACCUGGAUUCCCAAGACUUACUACCGCUGUUAGAACGCACACCUACACCGCCGCCACCACUCAUGUCUCGUCACAACCCUUUACAGGUCGAUUCCAUGAGUGUCAGAACCUAUUCCAAGAACAAGGUUGCCCCGCCACUGCACAGUGUCGCGGCACAACGAGGCAUACCAGUCCAUGUCGUCGUCGAAGUUGGCCCAGAACGCAAGGAAUACUAUGUUCAGAAAGCAUUCUUAACACACCACUCCGACUACUUCCGCAAGGCACUCAGUGGUACCUGGAAGGAAGCCAAGGACGGAGUCGUGAGUCUGGACGAUAUUGAGCCAGGUGUCUUCAACCUAUUCCUGGAGUGGAUGUACACCCAACAGGUUCCCGUUAUUUGGGCCGACUACUCUCGUAUCAUGAACCGAUCGGUCACGCCCUUAGACAUCUGCAAGAUCAAGCUGUAUGUGUUCGCCGAUCGGUUUGCAGUGCCUGUUUUACGGACAGCUAUGAACCGACAGAUAGUCCAGGACUCUGACGCUGGUCCUCCGGUGGAGCUGGGCUACAAAUCGAUCAUAUACGCCUUUGAGAAUCUUCCACCAUCGGACCCACUCCUAGACCUAUUCGUGGACCGACAUUACGUGGAAUGGAGUGGGUACAAGGUUCCGAUGCUUCAGCUACCGCAUGAUUUCUUACUACGUUUCUUCGAGAGGUUACCAUGA